ACAGGAAGUGAGCGGCUGUGUUGCCGCUAGUUUGACUCUUCUCUCCGGUUGUUUUCUGUUAACGGCUCCGGUUCUCCUCCUCCGGCCCGGUUCUCCUCCUCCGGCCCGGUUCUCCUCCUCCGGCCCGGUUCUCUCCGCUCCGGGUCCCGGUGUCUCUGUGUGUCCGGUGGAACGGAACUAACGGGAACAUGGAACUUUAACGGAAGUUCUCGGUGUGUUUCGCUGAACGGAAACUUUAAGGGAACUUUGCGCUCGUCACCAUGGAGACGCCAGCAGCUGCAGCAGCAGCUUCCAGGCAGAAGUGCAGCAGCUGUGACUCUACCUGUGCCAGGUGUUGGUGUGUGGACUGUGCUGAAGCUCUGUGUGAUGUGUGUGUGUCGGCUCAUCGUAGAGUGACGGUGACCAGAUCUCACCGGAUCCUCAACCAGCCCAGCAACCAGCCAGGAGACGUCUCGACUCCGCCCACCAAGUUCUGCAGGCUCCACCCCUCUGAGCCCAUCAAACUCUACUGCUUCACCUGUGAAACUCUCACCUGUAGAGACUGUCAGCUGAUGGUGCACAUGAACCACAGGUACCAGUUCCUGAACGAUGCGAUGUCGAGUGUGAAGCGUUCUGUGUUGGAGGCGGUGCGUCCUGUGCUGGCGAGUCGAGGAGCAGUGAGGAGGAGUCUUCAGGACAUGAACACCAGGCUGCAGGACAUCUCUGAGUGUCAGUCCGUCCUGCAGGUCAACCUGCAGCGCUCCUACAACAUCCUGACGGAGCACCUGAACCAGAGGAUGGAGGCUCUUCUGGACCAGGUCAAGACCGUCAGUAAGACUGAGUGCGAGCAGCUUCAGAUGAGGAUGAUGAAGAUGAAGGAGCUGCAGCAGUAUCAGCAGGCUGUCGGUCUCAUGGCAGAAAAAGCCAAAAACGCCACCGACAUGUGGAGCCUGCAGACCUACGCUGGCCGGGUCGCCUCCCUGCUGAAGGCUCUUCCCGACCUGGACCCGUCCCCCCCCCAGACCAUGUCCCAGCUGAAGGUGGUCACCGACCAGGCCUCCCUGGAGGCCGUCCUCAACUGUGGUCAUCUUGAGGUUAGGUGGAUCCCCUUCUUCAUCUCAAAACCGUCCGAUCAGAGCAGUCCAGCUGCCUCCUCGUCUUCCUCCUCCAGCUCCGCCUGCAGACCCCCCCCCGAGCCCGACAACCUCUUCACCUCUGCUGCAGCUCUUCCAGACAGCCUGUUUUCUGCACUAAAGAAAACCUUUUCCAAUCUUACUUCUGAUUCUUCUUCCUCCUCCACCGUCAGUCCAGCGACCCCCAUCAGUCCCUCUCCCACCGGUCCUGCUCCCACCGGUCCUGCUCCCACCGGUCCUGCUCCCACCGGUCCAGCUUCCACCGGUCCAGCUCCCUCCCGUGGGACCCCCACUCAGGCCGGGAACACCCAUGACACUCGUUCACCUGUUCCAGUCGACAGUCGUUCUGUUGUGUUGAAGUCCAGGUUGACUGGUCCAAACCUGAGGCCCGGUUCUGAUGUGACCCCCCCUGCUGCAGCUCCCUGUACUCAACUGGUCCAACAUCCCUCCUCCAACAAUCAGAGUCCGGUGUUGAUGCUGUUGAAUCCUUUCCAGUCUGUUUCUACCUCCGUGAACUUACAGCCUGUCAGCUUCCUUGGCCCAGCGUCGGCAGGUCCGACCGCCCCCCAUCAGGACCAGCCCGCCACCAUCAUGUUGACCAGACCUCAGAUGUCUUGCUUAACUCUCCCGUCAGUUGGGCCCCAGUUUCCCAUGCUGCUCUGUCCGCCCCCAGCUGCAGGAAACACCGCGCACGAACCGCUGACGGGUCAGAUCACCGCAGGGCAGUCCGGCCCCGCCGCCGCCAGUCACCCCGCCGCCGCCAGUCACCCUGCAGCCGUCAAAGGAAAACGGAACUCCAUCACCCGGAAGCUGGCAGCGCUGCAGAGCCUGGCACAAGAACCACAGAAUCUGUCUGUGAAGGAUAUACACUCCACUCCAACCAGCAGCCCUCAGGCCUCCAGCCAGCAUCUCACCCCUGAUAUCGGACCUCAGGCUUCUCCUCGGCAGCAGAAUCCUGUGGUGAGGGCGGUCGCAGACUCUGCCUGUAAUCACAACGUACAGCAGGUCGCAGCGGUGAGACGACAGGAACCUGCAGAGAACGAGCCGACCUCCACCGUGUCAGAAGAACCUGCAUCUGUAGGAGAACCUUCUGUACCUGAGGUAUCAGACAGAGAAGAGGAAGAACCUAAAACCGAAGGAAAAACUGGAGCUAAACUAUUGGACAAACAAGAUGAAGAACCUGAAAUGAAGGAAGUAAAGCAAGAAGAAGAAGAUACUGAAACGGAAUAUUGGGGGAGAAAAUAUGCAGAACAUAACACUUGUAUAUCAGCCAGAGAAGAAGAACUUGGAACUAAACUAUCAGACGGAGAAAAUGAAAAACCUGAAAUUAUUGUAAUAAAGCAAGAAGACGAAGACUCUGAAAGUGAAACUGAUAAUUCUGAGAAAGCCGAUGAAAGCUUUGUGAUUGGACAACCAGACGCCUCUCUGAGACCCAGAGUGUCUCUGGUCAGGUUGCCUUUGUCUCCUCCGCGGGUUGGAAGCCCCCACCCUGGUUUCCGUUUGGUCAUCGGUGAUGCUGAAGAUGAGAUUUACCUGGAAGAGAGGAGCAAUGACGCCCAGUCCAGUGAUGAUGAUGUCACAGACGGCACGGCGCCCGAGUCGCCCAUCACCCUGGUGGUGGUCGACUGCUCCGUCUGUCAAUCACCCAACGCCUCCAUCAUCUGCACCACCUGCGGACGAGGAUACCACCGAGACUGCCACGUCCCUGCUCUGGACCUGGACAUGUGGUCAGACUGGACAUGUGCGCUGUGUCAGGACCUGAUGGACCCCUCAGACCCCUCGGACCCCUCAGAGCACUCGGACCUGUUGGUCCCCCUCAGCUCUGACGGACUGCUGACCCCUGAGAGUUCUGGUCUCAGUCAGCUGGACCAGAGGAGGUGUGAGAGUCUGCUGCUCCAGAUGAAGGUGGAGGGCUGCAGCCUGCUGCCACAGUCCGGUCUGAACCUGCUGUCGGACCGUCUGAUUGGUCGAUGUCCGUCCUAUGAGACGCCUGCAGAGUUCCUGUCAGACGCCUGGAGUCUGUUCAGUGAAGCAGCACAGGACGAUGGUGAUGUGUCUCGGCUGAAGGAGAGCAUUCGGAUCCGCUGGAUGAAAACCGCAGAACGUUUCCGAUCUACGAGACGCCCCCGCCAGGACACGCCCCCCGGAGGACAGGACACGCCCCCCAGAGGACAGGACACGCCCCUCAGAGGACAGGACACGCCCCCAAUACGACAGGACACGCCCCUCGGAGAAUUUGAUGCGCCCUCCAGAGAAGAGGACAUGCCCCUCGGAGGACCGAGCACGGCCCCUGGGGAAGAGGACACGCCCCCAAUACGACAGGACACGCCCCCUGGGGAAGAGGACACGCCCCCAGUACGACAGGACACGCCCCCAGUACGACAGGACACGCCCCCUGGGGAAGAGGACACGCCCCUCCAAGGACAGGACACGCCCCCUGGGGAAGAGGACACACCCCUCCAAGGACAGGACACGCCCCCUGGGGAAGAGGACACGCCCCCCGGGGGACAGGACACGCCCCCUGGGGAAGAGGACACACCCCUCCAAGGACAGGACACGCCCCCUGCCCUAAUGGUCCUGGUGAAGCAGCAGGAGGCGUACGUGUCCAGUCUGAGGGAGACCAGGAAGCGUCUCCGGGACGCGCUGACGGACGCGCUAACGGACGCUCCACGCCGCCAGAAAACCAAGAGACGGAAAUCUGUGUCAUCAUGACGUUUAUAAUAACCAUGAUUUAAACAUUCUGACCAGUUAUUAUAAAUAUCAACUCUUCCAGUUUGUAUGUGAUGUUCACUUGAAGUCUUACUUUUUACAGUUUGAUUUUCAUGUUUUUUUAAUACUUUUACAACAGAAAUAAAUAUUUUUCUUUUAAAGUGAAUUCAUUAUUAAGUGUACAGAUAAACUCUGAUGAAAAUAAUAAUAAUAAAAUUGAUAAUUAUUUUAAUCUGAAGUCUAUUUCAGUGCAGAUAUAAAUCAAUAUUUGUGUUUUUAAAGUAAAUAAUGAGGUGAAGGCUCCCAGUAAAUCCUGAUAAUAAUGAAUAAUAAAAGUUUAUUGUCAGGUGUAGUUGCAGACAGAAACCAGCAGGUGGAGCAACAAUAAUAAUAAUAUUAAUUAGACUUUUAUAGCGCUUUUAAAAGGUUCUCAUGGUCGCUAAAUACAGAGUUGAGAAAACACAAAAAGACCUGGGACCAGAACUAAGACUAUUAAGACCCGGGACCAGGACUAGGACUCUAUUAAGACCUGGGACCAGGACUAGGACUCUAUUAAGACCCGGGACUAGGACUCUAUUAAGACCUGGGACUAGGACUCAGACUCUAUUAAGACCCGGGAAAAGGACUAGGACUCUAUUAAGACCUGGGACUAGGACUCUAUUAAGACCUGGGACAAGGACUAGGACUCUAUUAAGACCUGGGACUAGGACUCAGACUCUAUUAAGACCCGGGACUAGGACUCAGACUCUAUUAAGACCCGGGACCAGGACCAAGACUCUAUUAAGACCUGGGACCAGAACUAAGACUCUAUUAAGACCUGGGACCACAACUAAGACUCUAUUAAGACCUGGGACUAGGACUUGGAUUCUAUUAAGACAGAAAAAACAAAAACUAACCAGAGAAGAGAGAUUAUGACUUCAGGUCUUGUAUCUUUAAAAGGUUUUGAGUUGGUUUGUGAAGGAGUGAGUCUGGAUCUGUAGGGAACCAGAGGGUUGGAGCAGCAG